GAUAAUGUCACAAUGUCAAUGCAGCCGUGAUUUUUUAAAAUUAACCUUCAAAUGUCAGGAGAUGCAUAGAUUUUGUGGAAUUUAAGCGUCGUUACGGCGCUGUGCUAAGAAUGGACGGCAGCUUCGAUGAUGACGAACCUUUUAUAUUCCGACUCAAUGAUAGUGGAUCGGGACCCGGCUUGCUGGUCAAGGUAUGUGCCGAGCGUGGUUGGCGUAUGUACCCAGGUUACCACUCAGGUCUGGAGGAGAGGUGGAACCUGUGGUGGAAGACCAGCGCCUUCCCUGCAGCUAGCUACAAGACCUUGGGAGACUGGCAGUUCAUGAACCACAUUCCGAAAGGUGGAUCGAUAUGCAGAAAAGACAAUCUGUCACGUCUCCUACGAUGUAUGAAGAGGAUUUACGGAGCUGUAUACGAUUUCAGUCCACCAUGCUACCACCUACCCCUGGAGUACGCGAAGCUGGUCUCCGAAUGUUCUCGAUUGCGCCGCGACGAGAAUGGGGCGGGAGCGAACGUCGUGUGGAUACACAAGCCCGUCGCCCAGAGCCAGGGGAGAGGAAUAUUUUUGUUCAGAAGCCUCUGCGAGAUGAACUGCGGCACAUCGGCCGUGGUGCAGCGAUACAUCGAGCGGCCGCUGCUGAUCGCCGGCUACAAGUUCGACCUACGUCUGUAUGUGUGCGUGCCGGGGUAUCGGCCACUCACUGCCUACAUGUAUGCUGAGGGACUCGCGAGAUUCGGCACAGACAAGUACACCCUAUCGGACAUCCACAACCCGUACCGCCACCUGACGAACUCCUCCCUCAACAAGAGCGGCCCGAGAUACGCUGAAUGUAAGGACCGAAUCGGUAGUGGGUGCAAAUGGACACUGACGCAAGUUCGGAAGGCGUUGAUUGGUCGGUGGGGUGCGGCUGAAUGGGUGGUGUGGCAACGUAUUCGGGCUCUGGUGACACUGACGCUGCUGGCCCAAGCUGCUGGUACUCCACCGGCGAGGAACUGCUUCGAGUUCUACGGAUUUGAUGUCCUGCUUGAUGAUUGUUUGAAGCCUUGGCUGUUGGAGGUGAAUCUAUCUCCAGCACUGGCAUCUGACUGCGAGGCAGACGUGAUGGUGAAGCAGCCGAUGUUGCACGAGCUCUUCGAUCUGCUGGGACUGCCCAUGAAACAUACAGGACUGGCCAAGCUGAAGGCGCCUCCGCCACCAACGCCAACUAUCAAUAGUUGCAGUUCUGAAGAGGAAGGCGGUGGCGGGCGCGGACGCUCGAAGUCGGCGGCUCGUCGCGGGUCGCGCGUGCGUCGGCGGCGCGCGAUGGCGCUGCACUGCGUCACGCUGUCCGCGCCCGGCGCGCAGACCACUGCGCUCGCGCCGACAACGCCCAACGCCGCAGGAACAGCCAGCGACAAGGAAAAAGAGCCUGCUGAAAAAACAGAAAAGGAGACAACAGAAAGAGCCAAGGAGUUUCACAGUGGACGAUACAAAACAGAUUCGAGCGAGGCUGAUGCCCAGUCAACAUCGAACGUGCCCGUAACGCCGGCGGAGAGCGUGGACGAGUCGUGGCGCGGCGGGUACUCCACGGCCGCGUCUCGGCGCCGCGUCAUGUCGGCGUGCCAGUGGGGGAACGGCGUCUGUUGGAACAGGGCGAUAGGCCGCGUGGGACAUUGGGUCAGGAUAUACCCGCACUCACUGCCGAAAGAUGACGAGUUGCCAGUAGAAGAUGUCCGCGACAGCGUGGCCCAAGUAUCGAAGUUCUUGCGGGCCGCUCGCGAGGUGAACCGGGAGUUCGGCAAGGACAACUCGGGGCCCCGAGACGCGGCCCGGGACGCCGUCUUCGAGGAGGCACUCCGAAAGAAGCUAGACUUCGGGCCCCACUUCCAAGUGUGGUUGCCCCCCUUUUAAUGUGUUCAUAUUUUAAGCCAUAACUUAUGUGUAAGGCAAAUUCCUUAGAUAGUACAAUAAAUGCUUACUAAGUAUACAUUA